ACUCCCGGCGUGCCCUGCGCGGGGCGAACAUACCUAUACAGAGGCCACGCCCCUUGCUGGGGACCACGCCCAUAUAGCCACACACACAGCCCGGGGGGCACGCCCCCUUCGUACUUCACAGAUCUCUACGGUAGCGUACCGACCCCUACGCUAACGUACCGGUCCCUCCGUUAUCGUACCGGCCCAUACGCUAGCGUACCGAGCCCUACGUUAGCGUAUUGAGCCCUACGCUAGCGUACCGGCCUGUACGGUGCCGUACUGAGCCUUACGUUAGCGUACGGAACCAUCCCGUCCAGUCCCGUCCCGUCCUGUCCCGACUCUUCGGUCCCGUCCGGAUCCACCGGUUCGGUCCCGUCCCGCCAUGCCGGCGGCUUCGGGUCCCCGCGGGUUUCAGUUCGCCAUCGAUCGCGGCGGAACCUUCACCGAUGUCUUCGCCCGCUGCCCCUCUGGCCGAGUCCGCGUCCUCAAGCUGCUCUCCGAGGACCCGGGUUACGGGGACGCCCCCACCGAGGGCAUCCGCCGCGUCCUGGAGGAGGAGCUGGGGGUCCGGCUGCCGCGGGACCAGCCCCUGGACGCCUCGGGGAUUGAGUGGAUCCGCAUGGGCACCACGGUGGCCACCAACGCUCUGUUGGAGCGCCGGGGCGAGCGCCUGGCCCUGGUGGUCACCCGCGGCUUCCGAGACCUCCUGCACAUCGGCAGCCAGGCCCGGCCCCACAUCUUCGACCUGGAAGUGGCGGUGCCGGAGGUGCUGUAUGAGGAGGUGAUCGAGGUUGACGAGCGGCUCAUCCCCCACCAGCCCGACUGCCGCCUGCCUGGCACCGAGACCCUCCCGCUGCUGGAGGGCCCCUCGGGGGUCUCCCUGCAGGUGCAGCGGCCACUGGAGCUGUCAGGACUGCGGGGGGAGCUGGAGCGGGUGCUGUCCCGCGGCAUCACCAGCCUGGCCGUGCUGCUGCUCCACUCCUACGCCUGGCCAGGCCACGAGGAGCAGGUGGGGGCCCUGGCACGGGAGGUGGGCUUCCAGCACGUGUCGCUGUCCUCGGGGGUCUCGGGGAUGGUGCGGGCAGUGCCACGGGGGUACACGGCCUGCGCCGACGCCUACCUCACCCCCUGCAUCCACCGCUACCUGCGCAGCUUCAGGGAGGGCUUCCAACACCAUCUGAGGGAGGUGCCGGUGCUGUUCAUGCGCUCGGACGGGGGUCUGACCCCCAUGGACCACUUCAGUGGGGCCCGUGCCAUCCUCUCGGGGCCGGCGGGCGGGGUGGUGGGCUAUGCACGGACCACCCACCCCCACCAGGGCGGCCAGCCUGUCAUCGGCUUUGACAUGGGAGGCACCUCGACGGACGUCAGCCGCUAUGCUGGGGAAUAUGAGCAUGUCUUCGAGGCCACCACAGCGGGGGUCAGCAUCCAGGCCCCCCAGCUCGACAUCAACACCGUGGCGGCUGGAGGGGGCUCGCGGCUCUUCUUCAGGUCUGGGCUGUAUGUGGUUGGCCCCGAGUCAGCGGGUGCCCAUCCUGGACCUGCCUGCUACCGCAAGGGGGGUCCUCUGACGGUCACUGAUGCCAACCUCUGCCUGGGCCGGCUGCUUCCCGACUAUUUCCCCCACAUCUUUGGCCCGGGGGAGGACCAACCCCUCUGCCGGGAGACGGCAGCCCGGGCCUUCCAGGAGAUGGCGGUCCAGAUCCAGACCUUCCAGGGUGCCCCCCACCCAGCCCUCUCGGUGGAGGAGGUGGCCAUGGGCUUCGUGCGGGUGGCCAACGAGGCCAUGUGCCGGCCCAUCCGCGCCCUGACGCAGGCGCGGGGUCACGACGCGUCCCGACAUGUGCUGGCCUGCUUCGGGGGGGCGGGGGGGCAGCACGCCUGCGCCAUCGCCCGCACCCUUGGCAUGAGCCGCGUCUUCAUCCAUAAGUACAGUGGGAUCCUCUCGGCCUUCGGGCUGGCGCUGGCGGAUGUGGUGCAUGAGGUGCAGACCCCCUGUGCUCUGCGGUACGAGCCCCCCAACUUCCCCCGUCUGGAGCAGAGCAUCGCCCGCCUGGAGAGGGACUGCAGGGGGGCUCUGCGGGAGCAGGGAUUCUCCGAUGCUCAGAUCCAGACCGAGGCGUUCCUGCACUUGCGUUAUGAGGGCACUGACUGCGCCCUGAUGUGCUCAGCCAAGGGGCACCCCCCGACCCCCACCUCCUGCCAGGCUGGAGACUUCCAGGCUGCCUUCACCAGCAGGUACCUGGUUGAGUUUGGUUUCACCAUCCCUGACCGCCCGGUGGUGGUGGACGACGUGCGGGUGCGCGGCACUGGCAGCAGCAGCGUCACCGUUGAGACGCCCCUGGCCCCCAGAGGGAAACCCCCACGCCUGGAGAUGGUGACACGGUGCUACUUUGAGGAGGGGUACCUGGAGACCCCCGUGUUCCUGCUGGAGGAGCUGGGCUGUGACCACACCAUCCCUGGGCCUGCCAUCAUCAUCGACAAGAACAGCACCAUUGUGGUGGAGCCGGGCUGCACCGCCAGCCUGACCCAGUUUGGUGACAUCUGCAUCGUGGUGGGCUCAGGCUGCCCCCAGCCCCUUGGCCCCCAGCUCGACCCUGUCCAGCUCUCCAUCUUCUCCCACCGCUUCAUGAGCAUCGCAGAGCAGAUGGGCCGCAUCCUGCAGCGCACGGCCAUCUCCACCAACAUCAAGGAGCGCUUGGACUUCUCCUGCGCACUCUUCGGGCCAGAUGGAGGUUUGGUCUCCAACGCCCCCCACAUUCCCGUCCACCUGGGGGCCAUGCAGGAGACCGUCCAGUUCCAGAUCCGCAACCUGGGGGAGGACCUGCGGGAGGGGGACGUGAUCCUCAGCAACCACCCCUGCGCGGGGGGCAGCCACCUCCCCGACCUCACCGUCAUCACCCCUGUGUUCUGGCCGGGGGUCCCCAAGCCCGUGUUCUUCGUGGCCAGCCGGGGGCACCACGCUGACAUUGGGGGGGUGACCCCCGGGUCCAUGCCCCCCCACUCACGGAGCCUGCAGGAGGAGGGGGCUGUCUUCAUCUCCUUCAAGCUGGUGAAGGACGGGGUCUUCCAGGAGGAGGCGGUGAGGGAGGCCCUGCUGGCACCAGGGCAGGUGCCGGGGUGCAGCGGGAGCCGGACCCUGGGGGACAACCUCUCGGACCUGCGGGCCCAGGUGGCCGCCAACCAGAAGGGGAUCCAGCUGGUGACCGGGCUGAUCCGCCUGCACGGGCUGCCCGCUGUCCAGGCAUACAUGGCACACAUACAGGCCAACGCCGAGGUGGCUGUCAGGGAGAUGCUGAGGGGCUUCGCUGCCCGCUGGGGCAGGGAGGUGGAGGCUGAGGACAGCAUGGACGACGGGACCCCCAUCCGACUGAGGGUGCAGGUGGACCCCCAGGAGGGCAGCGCCGUCUUCGACUUCUCGGGCUCUGGCCCCGAGGUGUAUGGGAACUGCAAUGCCCCACGUGCCAUCACCCUCUCGGCCCUCAUCUACUGCCUGCGCUGCAUGGUGGGACAGGACAUCCCCCUCAACCAGGGCUGCCUGGCCCCCGUGCGGGUGGUCAUCCCCAAGGGCUCCAUCCUGGACCCGUCACCUGAGGCCGCCGUGGUGGGGGGCAACGUCCUCACCUCGCAGCGCGUGGUUGAUGUCAUCUUCAAAGCUUUCGGGGUCUGCGCCGCCUCCCAGGGCUGCAUGAACAAUGUCACCUUUGGCAACGAGCGCGUGGGCUACUACGAGACGGUGGCGGGGGGUGCAGGGGCCGGACCGCACUGGGAGGGUCGCUCAGGGGUCCACACCCACAUGACCAACACCCGUAUCACCGACCCUGAGAUCCUGGAGCUGCGGUAUCCAGUAGUCCUGCAGCGCUUUGAGCUGCGGCGCGGGUCUGGGGGUGCGGGUUGGUUCCGGGGGGGCGAGGGGGUGACCCGGGAGCUGCUGUUCCGCCAGGACAUGGUCCUGUCUGUGCUGACUGAGAGACGGACCCUGAGACCCUACGGGAUGCAAGGGGGCAGCCCCGGUGCUCUGGGCCUCAACCUCCUGCUGCGCCGCGAUGGCCGCACCAUCAACCUGGGGGCCAAGACCUCGGUGCCUGUGGAGCCAGGGGACGUUUUCCGCCUGCAGACCCCUGGUGGGGGUGGAUUCGGGACCCCUGGGGAUCAGGGGGAACCCCGGGAGCCCCCAGAGCCUCCCCGCAGCUUUGCUGAGCGUGGGAGCCUCUUCGAGUACCGGCGGGCGCAGGAGGGGGUCUGAGGGGCACUGACCCCCGGGGGAGACCCCAGACCCACUGCCGACCCCCAGGGUUGGACCCCAGACCCACUGUGGACCCUUGGGGGGCAGACCCCAGAUCCACUGCGGACCCCCACGGAGUGGACCCUAAUCACAGCCUCACACACUCUUUGGGGCAGCCCCCCCCCACUCCUAGAUAUGCACAAUCUGUAGGGCAGCUCCCCAACUUUAGACCUCCACACCCCAUGGGGCAGCCCCCCAACUCCAAAUACGCUAUCUGGUGGGCAGCCCUCCUAGACACACACAAACUAUAAGGCAGUCCCCCAGCCCCAGCCCUACACAUUCUCUGGGGCAGCCUCCCCCUAGAUAUGCACAGGCUAUAGGGCAGCCCCCCAACCCCCAUGCACUCCCCAUCACCCCACUCCCAGCUAUGCAAGGGGGCAGCCCUCCAACUCCACAUCCACACACUCUGUGGUGCAGCCCCCCCACUCCUAUACAUGCACAGUCUAUGAGGCAGCCCCCCCUCAUGCACACCCCGUGGGGCUCCUACACUUUCCUCACUGACACCCCCCCCCCCAAUUUGGAGCUCAAUCUCCAUCCCAUUGCUCCCCCCCACCCCGGGCAUGGGGGUUCCUGUGUCCCCCCCACUGACUUCCCACCCCAGCUCAGUGCCUUCCAAUAAAGGAGCCCUUGGGCCCCUCCCACACAGCCUGUGUGCUUGGGAGCAUUGGGACAGGGCGUCCCCAGGGAGCUGAGUCCCCAGGUAUCCUGAUAGAGCAGUCCCCAAGGGUCC